UCGCGCUCUGGUUCUGGCCCGGCCUCCAGCCCGCGGCACCCGGCGCUUUCCUUCUCGGUACGGCCGGCAGCGUGCGGCGCCAGCACCAUGCUCUUCUACUCCUUUGUCAAGUCCCUUGUGGGCAAGGAUGUGGUCGUGGAACUCAAGAAUGAUCUGAGCAUCUGUGGAACCCUCCAUUCUGUGGAUCAGUAUCUCAACAUCAAACUAACUGACAUCAGUGUUACAGACCCUGAGAAAUAUCCUCACAUGUUAUCAGUGAAGAACUGCUUCAUCCGGGGCUCAGUGGUCUGUUAUGUGCAGUUGCCAGCAGACGAAGUGGAUACACAGUUGCUACAGGAUGCAGCAAGGAAGGAAGCCCUGCAGCAGAAGCAGUGAUUGCCACUGUUCCUUUUCCUCUGCCUUUUCUAUUGGUUACCCCAUAACCUUAUGUCUCCCCAAUACUUGAGGUGUUUUUUUUUUUAAGUGAUGACUUUUUUUUUCCUAAAGGGAUUUAGAUGAUGAGAGGAAUAAUAGCAAAGAGCAGCUAUCCUCUGUUGAGA